UUCAUCUUCUACGAGUACUUGAUCACCUUCGGGCAAGAGGUGGAGCUGUUCUGGGGGCGCAAGAUCAACGGAGCAUCUGUCCUGUUCUUCGUGAACAGAUAUGUCGUCCUCACAGUCUACUUACUCAACACAUCCGGCUUUGCGAAGAUGUCUGAUAACGUGCGACCCCUCUCCAUUUGUAUACAGCACGGCUCCUGUCGGUCUCACCCAGCGCAUCUCAUCGUCCCCCGCGACAGAUGCUCGACUCUCGCGCGGUCGGCCGUUGCCUUGACCCUCCUGCAGUACGUCCCAUGGGCAGUGUUCUCCGGGCUUCGUGCGCUGGCACUGGCGAGACAUUGGUCCCUCGGGGUUCUUGUAUUUCUGCUCUCGAUCAUGCCUGCGGCAGUGGACUUUAGCUACUUCCGCUUCGGGGUCAGCGGAGAGAAUGUUCCUAUCGUAGGGUGCGAGGGGAACGUGGAC